UUAUGAUGUAAUACGCUAGAAAGUUCCCGGAUAAUAAGUACAGAAGGUCGGAAGCGUGCAGACAGAGUAAGUUGCCGCAAAGAAAUAUUAAAAUACCAGAGCUUUCAGCAAGUCUCGGAUCUUUCUGGAAUUCGUCCUAAAAAGCACCAUGCCCAGAGGAAGCCGAAGCAGAACUUCGAGGAUGAGUCCUCCAAGUUACUCCUCCCAAUCACCUCCACCAAUGUCCAGAGCAGCUCCUCCACGCUCCUACGCCCCGGCGCCCGCUCCCCCUGCACCGUCAGCGGUGGCGGCUCCUGCUGCUGCUCCCCGGCAGCCGGGGAUGUUCGCCCAGAUGGCGUCCACUGCGGCGGGCGUUGCGGUCGGCUCUGCUGUCGGGCACACGAUAGGUCACGCCAUGACCGGCGGCUUCAGUGGAGGUGGACACUCAGAAGCUGCCAGGCCUGAUGUUACCUAUCAGGAGCCCUACCAGGCUCAGCCCACGUACCAGCAGCAGCAGCAGCAGCAGAAUCCCUGCGCUUAUGAGCUGAAGCAGUUCAUUGAAUGUGCUCAGACGCAGAGCGACCUCAAACUCUGUGAGGGCUUCAGCGAAGUGCUCAAACAAUGCAAAUUCUCCAGUGGACUGUCAUGAGGUUUGGAUUGGAGACACGACUAUUCCAUUCACUGUCUGCUUGUGUCUGGAAACAGUUUCCUCUUAAAAUGCAUUUCAAUCAGAUAUGAGGGCCUACGUGAAAAAUAAAAUCAGUGACUUGGAAGAAAUGCUGUGUAACAUAUGUGAUGCAUAGUAUUUAUAUAUUGGUGUAGAUAACUUCAGCUUUCUGAUUUGGUGUUUUUUUUUUUUUUUUUUUUUUGAGUUUCUGUAGAAGAGAUCACGAUGUGUAUUUCUCUGCAGGAUAAUUUACAUGUUUUACUCAAAUGAUGUGAUCUUGAAUUGCAAAUAAAAGAAUCAGAAACAUUCAAA